AUGACUUCAACUUCACAAGGUAAUUCCCAAAAUGAAUUGAAUGAACCGAUAUAUGUUAAUCAAGUUUAUAGGUCAUAUAGAUUACAGGUCAGCGUUGAAGAUUUUAAAACCUAUGUAAUGGAUGUACAACAGAAAAUUUGGUGGCAAGUUGAUACUUAUAAAGCUGAUGCGUGUAAAGCAUUGGAAUUUAUCAAUAUGCAUUUUCAACAUAAUGUUAUUAAAAACUUGAUUCUUGGUGAUUGUGAUCAUUUGACAAAAUAUAUAUUAUUUGGAAACGAUAAUGAAAAUCAUGAUUAUGCUAGAAAGAUAUUUCGUAAAGAAUGCUUUGGAGAUUCGAAUGUUAUGAUUCCAAUAAAAUAUCGUGUGAGACGUAACGAAUAUAGAGGGGUUAGAAUGGACAAACUGCAAUUUUUCGAAGAGAUUAAAUGGAGCAAUGAAAUAAAUGGAAUAAUCAUUAUAAAAAUAUUAUUUUCAUUAUUUGACUCUUUUAUACCAAAAUCUUAG